AUGGAUGUGAACAAGAAGAAGGAAAAUGCUUCUAUUGCAAGGUUGAAAAGAAGAUAUGUCCUUAAAUCUAAGAGGUCAAAAAAACAAAAAAUCUAUACUCAAGGUCCAUCUAAUCCUUUAGGGGAUAUCACUAACAUAUCAGUUAAACUCAGCAUUAGUAGAUUACAAAACAUAAACAAUGUUAGAACUUCUGAGUUUAAUGCUUUCACAUCCCCUGCUUAUACACCAAGAUUUACUUUUCCCAUCAAUACCCCCACUUUGCCUCAUCACAAGUCCACAACAGGUUCCACAAAAACAUCCCAUUUUCCCAUUAGUAGUCCUACUUUGCGUGAAGCUGGAUCAUCUAAGAAUAAUGUUCACGCAAAAUUAACAACUGUUAGGUCAGCAAAAUACAAUUUCAGCAUCAAUACUCCUAAUUUACCUGAAGAUGGAUUAUCUAAUAUGAAGAUGAAGGAAAAUGUUGCACCAGUUAUGUCACCACCACACAGUUUUCCCAUCAAUGCUCCUACUUUGCUUCAUCUUCGAUCAUCUGGAAAUAAGAUGAAAGAAAACUUCACACCUCUUAGGGGACCAACAUACCAUUUUCCAAUAAAUACUCCUAUUUUUACUCAUCUUGGUUCAUCUCAACAGAAGAUGAACCAAAACUUGACACUUGUAAAGUCACCUAGUUACAAUUUCCCAAUCAAUACUCCAACUAUGCCUCAACCUCAAUCAUCUCAACAAAAGGGAAAGGAUAAGAUUACACCAACAAAUUCUACACCUAAUUUUAUGCCCAACUGCACUCAGCCAACCUCCUCAUAUCAGGUUAAGUCCUCAACGAGGAGAAGACCUAAUUUUAAUCAAAUGGGAGUGAAUCUAAUGGAUAGAUUUACUGCAAACACACCUGAUGUGCCUUCUUCAUCAACGCCUAAUGUUGAGAUUAAUGACUCCAACAAUGGAAUGCAGAUUGAUGACGAUACCAGUUCUAUAGAUAGUGAAGAAUUACAGGCAUACAUUCCUACACAAGAUAGUGAUGAAAGUGAUACAUCUGAUACCGACCUUGAGGAUCAAGAAAGCCCAUUUAAUGAUAUGAGGCUAAAUGGGACUUCUCAAGUAGGUCAUGGAGAAUAUUUUGAUAUUGGAGAUCCAUCAAUCGAAUGUCAAAAAUGUGGAGCAUGCAUGUGGUAUCAAGAGCGUAAAAACAAAUCAAGGAAUAGUGCUCAACCAAAAUAUAACAUGUGUUGCAGCAAUGGUAAUGUUCAAAUUCCAUUUUUGCCACAGCCUCCGCCAUUGCUGCAACAUUUAAUGUUUGAUCACUCAGCCACUGAGUCAAAAAAAUUUCAGGAUAACAUACGACUAUACAAUAGCAUGUUUGCAUUUAGUUCACCUGGCUUUAAAGUUGAUAAGGGAAUUAAAGCAGGAAGAGGUCCUCCUACUAUAAGAAUUCAAGGUCAAGCAUGCCACAUGAUUGGAAGUAUGAUUCCAUUACCCGGAAAACGUCCAAAUAAUCCGAAGUCGGUGAACAUUGAGACGGCUGCCAGACUACAACAAAUGUUGGAUGAAAAGAACUGCCAUGCCAAGUCUUUUAGAAAGGCACGUGAUCGACUGAGGAACAACAAUGUCCAAGAUUUUAAACUAAAGCUCAUUUCUGAUAGGACAACUGAUGGAAAGGUUUAUAAUCAACCUACUGUAUCCGAAGUGGCAGCGCUGAUAGUCGGUGAUGUCGACUCAGCAUCAAAAAGGGAUAUCAUAAUGGAAAGGCAAAGUGGUCAGCUAGAAAGAAUUGAUGAAUUUCACCCAGCAUAUCUUGCAUAUCAAUAUCCUCUACUAUUCCCUUAUGGUGAGGAUGGUUAUAGGGAUGAUGUUUUACACAGAAAUGUUGUCGAUGGUUGUACCCGAAAAAGAGAAAAACUGACAAUCAGAGAAUGGUUAUCAUUCAGACUACAAGCAAGGAGAAUGGAAGCUAUGACAAUUUUGUGUGCAAGAAGACUAUUUCAACAGUUUUUGGUUGAUGGUUUUACAAUGAUGGAAGCUGAUAGGUUGAAAUGGUUGAGGAGGAAUCAGUCCAAAUUGAGGGUUGGAAAGUACAAAAACUUGAAUCAAACACCAUCAGAUGGAGAUGACCAGUCUGGAAAACAAGGUAAGAGGGUUGUUUUACCAUCAAGCUAUGUUGGAGGCCGUAGAUAUAUGGAUCAACUAUAUUUCGAUGGUAUGGCCAUUUCAAGUUCAGUGGGAUUUCCAGAUUUAUUUAUAACAUUUACUUGCAAUCCAAACUGGCCUGAAAUUCAAAGAGUUGUUGGACCUCUACAUCUAAAAGCACAUGACCGUCCAGAUAUAGUAGCAAGAGUUUUCAAAAUCAAAUUUGACGAACUUUUGAAUGAUUUAACUAAAAAUCAUAUCCUUGGCAGAGUAGUUGCAUAUUUGUAUACUAUUGAGUUCCAAAAGCGAGGGUUGCCACAUGCACAUUUACUGUUGUUUUUACACCCUUCAAGCAAAUAUCCUACUCCAGAGCACAUUAACAAGAUUAUAUCUGCUGAGAUACCAAGUCCAGUUCACCAGAAAGAGCUAUACAAGUUGGUUGGCACUCACAUGAUGCAUGGACCGUGUGGUUUAGCAAAUAUCAGUUCUCCUUGCAUGAAGAAAGAUCGUUGUUCCAAAUACUUUCCAAAAAAAUUCCAAAAUGAAACUGUUGUUGACCAUGAAGGGUAUCCUGUUUACAGAAGAAGAGAUAAUGGUAGGCAUAUUCUGAAAAAGGGAAUAACUUUAGACAAUCGUCAUGUUGUUCCGCACAAUCCUUAUCUCCUAAUGAAGUAUCAAGCUCAUAUCAAUAUGGAAUGGUGUAACCAAUCAAGUUCAAUUAAAUACCUUUUCAAGUAUAUCAACAAAGGUUAUGACCGCAUAACUGCAGCCGUGGUUCCCGAUAAGUCAAAUCAAGGUAAUGUCAAGGAUACUAACGCUGAUGAGAUCAAAAAGUACCUAGACUGUCGUUACGUAUCACCAAGUGAAGCAUGUUGGAGAAUAUUUGCUUUCCCAAUUCAUGGUAGGAAACCUUCUGUGGAACGAUUGUUUUUUCAUUUGCAUGGAGAACAAUCUGUGUACUUUAACGAUUAUGAAGAAAUGGAUGAAGUCCUCUUGAAGCCUUCAGUCACGGAAUCAAUGUUUACAUCUUGGCUUGAAUGCAAUGCUCGAUAUCCGGAGGCUAAAUCACUAACUUAUUCUAAGUUUGUUUCAAAGUUUGUAUAUAAAAAGCAACAAAGAACAUGGAAGCCAAGGAAGAAAGGAUUCACCAUUGGUAGGUUGAUGUGGGUUCCUCCAAGUACCGGAGAAGUUUACUAUUUGAGGAGGAUGUUAACUUGUGUUAAGGGACCAACUUCUUACGAAGAUAUCAAAAUUGUGAAUAAUAUUCUAUAUGAUACUUUUAGGGAAGCAUGCUAUGCAAUGGGAUUUUUGGAAGAUGAUAAAGAAUACAUAGCUGCAAUCAAGGAAGCAAGUGUUUGGGCUACAGGUGUAUUUCUGAGGAUAUUGUUUGUGACCCUUUUGCUUUCAGCUUCAAUGGAUAGACCAAUACAUGUAUGGAAUAAUACUUGGCAAUGGUUAAGCGAUGGUGUCCUAUAUGAACAAAGAAAAGUGGCUAACAAUCUAGGUCUUAAUCUUACAGAAGAGCAAAUCAAAAAUCUCACUCUAACCUUGAUUGAAAAACACAUGGAGAAAAAUAGGAGAUCACUUAAGGAAUUCAAAGGCUUUCCAUAUCCAACUGGAUAUGUCAUGGAAGAACUUGGCAAUAGGCUAAUAUAUGAUGAACUUAACUACGAUGUUAAUGCAUUAAAGGCUGAAUUUGAAACACUGUUCAACUUACUUACAGCUGAACAGAAAAUGAUUUAUCAGAAAAUCAUUACAGCAGUAAAUAGUAAUAAAGGUGGUGUAUUUUUCUUAAACGGUUAUGGCGGUACUGGGAAAACAUUUAUGUGGACAACCUUAGCUGCAUCUUUGCGCAUGAGGAGUAAAAUUGUUUUAACUAUUGCAUCCAGUGGUAUUGCUUCUCUGUUAUUACCUGGAGGUCGGACAGCUCAUUCAAAAUUCAAAAUUCCUGUUCCUACACUUGAUAACUCAACGUGUAACAUAGACGGAGGCAGUGAACUAGCACAACUUCUCAAGGUUGCUAACUUGAUCAUCUGGGAUGAGGCACCUAUGGCGCAUAGAAAUUGUUUUGAAGCACUAGAUAGAACACUCAAGGAUAUUAUGUCUGUAACUUCAAAUUCAAACAAAAUCUUUGGUGGAAAAGUUGUUGUUUUUGGAGGAGACUUCCGCCAAAUCUUGCCGGUAGUACCAGGGGCAGAUAGAUCAGAAAUUGUACAUGGAUCUAUAAGUUCAUCUUAUAUCUGGGAUCACUGCCAAGUUCUCACUCUCACCAAGAACAUGCGCUUGCAACAAAGCUGCGAAUCAGAGGAUCCUAUUGAACUUAAAAAGUUUUCUGAAUGGAUACUGAAUGUUGGUGAAGGAAAGAUAGCUGAACCAAAUGAUGGUUUUGCUGAGAUUGACAUACCAGAUGAAUUUUUGAUCAAGGAUUUUGAUAAUCCUAUAGAUGCAAUUGUGAAAAGCACUUAUACUGAUUUCUUGGACAAUUACAACAACCCUGAUUACUUGAAGCAAAGGGCAAUUUUGGCUUCAACAAUUGAUGUAGUUGAUUCCAUCAAUGAUUAUGUUCUCACAAUGAUCCCAGGACAGGAAAAAGAAUAUCUAAGUUCAGAUUCCAUUGAUAAAUCAGAAAUCAAUGAUGAAAGCCAAUCUUUUGAAAUACUCACUCCAGAGUUUUUAAGUACCCUUAGAACAUCUGGACUUCCUAACCAUAAAAUCAAACUCAAGAUUGAUCAUAUUAUUGAGGCCAAAAUCAUUUCUGGAAAAAACAUUGGAAAUCUAACUUACAUUCCAAGGAUGAACAUGUCUCCUUCACAAUCUCCAUGGCCUUUUAAACUUAAUAGAAGGCAGUUUCCUAUAAUUUUAUCAUAUGCCAUGACUAUUAAUAAAUCACAAGGGCAAUCUUUGGACAAAGUUGGACUUUACUUGCCAAAACCAGUUUUUGGCCAUGGCCAAUUGUAUGUUGCAUUUUCAAGAGUCAAAAGCAAGAAAGGUUUAAAGAUAUUAAUCCAUGAUUCUGAUAACAAGUCACUUACUUCAACAAUGAAUGUUGUCUACAAGGAAGUUUUUGAAAAUCUAUGGUACUUUUUCUUCUGUCUCCUAAAGAGUAGUAGGAACAAUAAUCAAAUUCCAAUGCAACUGAUCACAUGUGGACUUGCAAGUUAUUUGGGAAGUGUUCCUGUUACUUAUUUGUUAUAUGACUACUAA